CGGGAAUCCACAAUCAGCUACAACCAAUCGUGUGCUAGUAACGCUAGUGCCGUAUCGAUCUUCUGUCGUCUGUCUGCUGUCAUUCAAUACACGUGUGUGACUGUGUGCUAGGUUAGGGCACAAGAUGUCGACCAAUGAAAAUGGAUAUCGCAAGAAGGACUUGCACUUUGCGACCAAAGCAAUCCAUGCAGGGUCUGAAGCAGAACAAUGGAAGAGUAUGGCUGUCGUUCCUCCCAUCUCACUCUCUACGACUUUCAAGCAGUACGGCCCUGCGGAUUUUGAGCAAUACGAGUACUCUCGUAGCGGCAACCCUACCCGCACAUGUCUACAGCGAUGUCUGGCGUCUCUAGAUGAUGCCAAGUACGGCCUGUGCUACUCCUCGGGUCUGGGGGCGACCACCGCCAUUGUCAGCCUGCUGAGCGCAGGUGACCACAUGCUCAGCGUGGACGACAUCUACGGAGGCACUGGCAGAUUGUUCAGAAGCGUUGCUCAAAGGUUCAACAUUUCUACAACCUUUGCUGAAGGAGUGGAUGCUGAAAAGUUCUGUCAACAUCUCCAACCGAACACUAAGCUGGUGUGGGUAGAGAGUCCCACCAAUCCCCUACUGAAGGUGAUGGACAUCCCUCGAAUCGCAAGUCUCAUCAAAGCGUACAACAAAGACAUUAUCUUCGUAGUUGACAAUACGUUUCUUACGUCCUACUUCCAGAAACCUCUAGCCCUCGGAGCUGACAUAGUUGUCUACUCGGCUACCAAAUAUCUGAACGGACAUUCUGAUGUUGUGAUGGGGGCCGUCACUACAAACAAUGAUGGUUAUUAUGAUAGACUCAAGUUCUUACAGAAUGCUAUGGGCAUCGUUCCUUCUCCGUUCGACUGCUACCUGGUGCUUCGUAGUCUUAAGACUCUUAAACUGAGAAUGGAACAACACAUGAAGAACUCUCUCGCUGUCGCUGAGUUCUUGGAAAGUCAUCCAUUAGUGGAGAAAGUCAUGCAUCCAGGACUGCCUUCCCAUCCUCAACACGAGGUGGCGCGUAGAGUCUGGUCUGGCUGUAGUGGAAUGCUCUCAGUGUACGUCCGUGGAGGACUAGACGAGACCAAAGCCUUCCUCUCAGCUCUCAAGGUCAUCACACUGGCGGAGAGCCUGGGCGGCUACGAGAGUCUGGCUGACCAUCCAGAGCUGAUGACUCAUGCGUCAGUCCCAGCUGAUGUCAGGAAGCAGCUCGGCAUCACAAGCAACCUAGUCCGUCUCUCCAUCGGACUGGAGUCUGUAGAAGAUCUGAUCCGGGACUUGGAUCAGGCCCUCCAGGCUGGCCAGAAGAUCAAAAAGAGCUAGCAAACUGAUUGCCAAAACUGUUAUCCACCAGCAUUACCAAAUUUACCAUUCCUAAAAGAUGCAGCAAUUCAGAAAGACUAACCAAGUCUAUUAUCGAACGUAAUUCCAUCAAGAUAUUCACAGUGAAAUAAGAGCCGUUCCAUAUCACAUCAAUUGAAAAGAAUAGAAUUUAACAAGUAGUAAAGUACCCAGUUCUCCUAAGUGUCAAGUGUUAAUGUGCCUAUCAAAUCUUUCUGAAUUGUUGUAUAUUGUUGUUAGAUGUUAGAGUAACGUGAUUUCUUCAAAUUUAUAAAUUGCCUUGUUAAGUUUAUUAUUGUUACUGUAAUAUUACCAUGACUUACUAUAUGAAUUGAGAUCUGUGAUAAAUUUAUUGUUUAGGCCCAAGAGAUCAAUAGAACAUUUUAUUUGUAAGAUUUAAAGCUAUAUAAUAUUUUUCAUAACAGAUAAGCCUAUUUUAAAUUAUUAUUGAUUACGUAUUUAAAUAUUGAUAUAUAAUAAAUAAAUAUAAUGAUUUUCAAUAUGGGGAUGUUAUAUCCUCCUCCAAAAAGAAUUAAACUAAAUUAGUGAUAAUAAUGUAUGAAUUCAUUUCAUUAAAACUUUUAGGUGAUUCCAAAUGUGUUAACCUUUCACCGCCUAAAAAAAGUUUUUUUUUGUUCGAGGUUUACAUCCCAAAACUUUACCUGAGGUUUCACAAAUCUUCAUCUGCUAUAUUUCUUGGUAAUUGAAAAAAUAUAAACAAAUACAACAUAUUGUUUUAAUAAUG